ACUGAACCUCUCAGACAUACAAGUAUGGUUACGGGGAUAUCUGAAGAUCGAGAGCCCCGUCGAUGAAUCCGUGUUCAAGAUUUAAAUUCUGAUCAAGAUAAAUCAGUUCUGUGUCCACUGCGGCUCUGAAAUUAGUGUUUUAUGGGAGUUACGUUAUCCAUAUAACUAACAAAACAUGACAAAAUAUUCGAGGCUUAAGCAUCACUAGCCUGACCCUGGCACCACCACUGUUCAAUGCCGGGAAUGAAUGUUGAAGACACACCCGGGUGGAAAGAACUGAAAUAAACAAGGAACGAGUCAUUUCAUUUACGUGUCACUGGCACCACGGAUCAGUUGGAGUCUGCAAUCGAUUGCGGCGCCUGAGAUCUGACAUCGGCAACUAUGCCUGGAUGUGAAAUUUCGCGGGAAAGGGCGCGAGAAGUAGCGCGCUAUAGAUAUUGUGGUUCUGGUUCGGCGGCUGUCGGUGAGUCCUGUUUCUUUGCGCGCUGCAUUUGCUGCUUUGUCUAGGCUGUAAGUGAUGGUCUGCUGUCACCAUGGGAAUUCACGGUCUUGCGAAGCUCAUCGCCGAUCAGGCACCUUCUGCAAUUAAAGAGCAUGACAUCAAAAGCUACUUCGGGCGGAAGAUCGCCAUAGAUGCAUCCAUGAGUAUUUAUCAGUUCCUAAUCGCGGUCAGACAGGAUGGAAACGUGCUACAGAACGAGGAUGGGGAAACGACGAGUCACCUGAUGGGCAUGUUCUAUAGGACCAUCCGUAUGUUAGAAAGCGGAAUCAAGCCGGUGUACGUGUUUGACGGAAAGCCUCCACAGCUCAAGUCCGGCGAGCUGACAAAGAGAGGAGAGAGGCGGGCUGAGGCAGAGAAACUUUUGGCCCAGGCACAGGAAGCAGGAGAACAGGAGAACAUUGAGAAGUUCACAAAGCGCUUGGUGAAGGUCACCAGCCAGCACAAUGAUGAAUGCAAGAAGCUGCUGAAGCUCAUGGGUGUGCCCUACAUUGAGGCUCCCUGUGAAGCAGAGGCCAGCUGUGCCGCACUGGUGAAGGCAGGGAAGGUCUUUGCAACGGCGACCGAGGAUAUGGACGGCCUGACGUUUGGCACGAACGUCCUGCUUAGACAUCUUACCGCCAGUGAAGCAAAGAAACUGCCCAUUCAGGAAUUCCACUUCAGCCGUGUUCUGCAGGACAUGGGUCUGACACACCAGCAGUUUGUGGACCUGUGCAUCCUGCUUGGCUGUGACUACUGCGGCACCAUUAAGGGGAUCGGGCCCAAAAGGGCCAUGGACCUCAUUAGACAACACAGUUCAAUUGAGGAGAUCUUGGACAACAUUGAUCUGGCUAAACACCCUGUGCCAGAGGAUUGGCUGUACAAAGAGGCCCGUGGACUGUUCCUGGACCCGGAGGUGAUCGACUGCAGUUCUGUAGAGUUGAAGUGGAAUGAACCAGAUGAAGAUGGGCUGGUCCAGUUCAUGUGUGCUGACAAGCAGUUCAGUGAGGACCGCAUCCGCAACGGCUGUAAGAAGAUCAUGAAGAGCAGGCAGGGCAGCACUCAGGGCAGGUUGGACACCUUCUUCACGGUGACUGGCUCCCUAUCAUCCAAACGCAAGGAACCAGAGGCCAAGGGAUCGGCCAAGAAGAAACAGAAGACAAGUGCAACUCCUGGGAAGUUCAGGAAAGGCAAAUAACAUGUGAGGCAGACGAGGAGGUUGCUGUGUGAUGCUGUUGUGUGCUGGCGGAUCUCUCCCUCUCUCGAUUUUGAAGCAGACAUCAUUAUGCACAAAUAAGUGUGACUGAAUUCUAGGGAGUGACGAAGUAGAUUUUAACCAGAGGACAAUUUGGGUUCUAGCAAUAAACAUUUAAAAUGUAUAUUUUUUUGUUUUACUGUGCUCAGUAGACUGUUGGCCUGUAAAUGUAAUGUGAACCUGAAUAAAUUUCUGUUGUACUUUA